GGCGGAGGGAGGGCUUUACCGCAGUAUCACUAGAUUUCUGCACCACUCAUCAAAACUCUGCGGCAUGCGGACAAGAGCUGUGGGAGGGCAGUUACUGGGUCUUCACUGGGUGUAGGACCGCUACCUCUCACUGCUACUGUACACUUCUGCAGUUAUUAGACAGGCCACAGUGCUGCUUCUACUUUAAUUCCCAUUCAUCUGCGCGUCAAUUACCUCUCUUCUGCUCAUAGCCGCGGAGGUUUGGGGUCCGAACUUCAUUGUAUGAGAAAAUGGCAAAGGAUGGAGAAAAAAGCGAGUGGAAGGAGUUUAUAUGGAACCCGAGGACGAGGGAGUUUCUGGGCAGGACAGCGAGCAGCUGGGGUCUUAUUCUUCUCUUCUAUGUAGUUUUCUACAUCUUCCUGGCUGGCAUGUUUGCACUCACCAUGUACGUCAUGCUGCAGACCUUGGACGACCACAAACCAACGUGGCAAGACAGGCUCUCCACACCAGGCAUGGUGAUUAGACCCAAAGCAGAUGAGACCUUUGAGAUUGUCUAUAACAUCCAUAACACUGAGAGCUGGGACAUGUACGCUCAGGCCCUGGACAAGUUCCUGGCACCCUACAACAACUCCGUCCAGGCCCAGAAAAAUGACGAGUGCACCCCAGACCAGUACUUCGUGCAGGAGGACAGCGGCGAUGUGAAGAACAACCCGAAGCGCUCCUGUCAGUUCAACCGCACAAUUCUGGAGGAAUGCUCUGGAAUGAAUGACCGUUACUAUGGAUACGAGUCGGGCAAACCAUGCAUCAUCAUCAAGCUGAAUCGGGUGAUUGGGAUGCUGCCAGGAAAGGAUGGACAGGCUCCGUAUGUCACCUGUGGUGCAAAGAGAGAAGACACUGAAAAAAUUGGAGAGCUGCUGUACUUCCCUCCAAAUGGCACUUUCAACCUUAUGUACUACCCUUACUAUGGCAAGAAAGCUCAGGUGAACUACUCUCAGCCUUUGGUUGCCGUCAAGUUCCUUAACAUUACUGCCAAUCAAGAUGUCAACAUCGAGUGCAAGAUCAACGCCAACAACAUUCCUAUCGGAAGUGAAAGAGACAAGUUUGCUGGAAGAGUGUCUUUCAAGCUGAGGAUCAACACUAAUAACUAGGUUGACCUUUUUCCUCUCCUGAAAACUACUGUAUUCAUUCUCUGCAACACUGCACAUACACAGAAACAAAUCUCAGUAUUCACACCCUUUUUAGGAUUUGUUUACACCCCCCCCCAAAUUUUGGGCGGAAAUAGUUUGUCCAGUCAUGUGAAGAGGUGAGGCGAGAAUAAAAGGGUGGUAAUCCUGUCAUUAUUUCUGUCUGUGAGCUUUGGGACGAAUUAUUUUCUGUAAAUUAGUUUGAGAUGACGUCUAUUUAUACUGCAUGACAAACUAGGGGAUGUAAAGGAUGUGAACAUGUGUUUUCAAAGUUUGCAAGGAUCAGCAACAUUUCCACUUUAUUGCUGCUCCCCUCCUGCUGCCUCCUUAUAGAGUAUCCCUCUAUAUAUGAAUAUACACAAGUUACAAUCCAAAAUGUGUAUAUCUACAGUAUUUAUAUGGUAUCAUAACCUUAUAUCAGUACGUCUAUUUUGUUGCACUUAAAAGAAUAAUCCAACAGACUCGCAUAUAUCUUGAUGGAUGGAUGCAGAGAUGAAGCCAUUUUGCAUGUGUGUAUUGUCUUUAGUGUGCUAUGAGGGCAGGAGGCCCCUGUGUCCCACCUCUCUGCUAAGUGUGAAAUAAGGUAAUGUUAAGCCAGUGACCACCGGGGGGACCACACUGUAAUCUAUUAAACCUCACGCACAGCAAGUGUGUGUUUCUACCACAACAUACAGUUAAGAUAGGCAUCUCCAAAGUUACAGUAGAGUUCAAAACCUUUAAGAGUGUGUGUGCGUGUGUGUGUGUGUGUUUGCGUGUGUGUUCCACUCACAUUCAUUUCAUACUGUAGGUCGGGAAGUUGCAUGCAAUGUGCAAUAUUCAUUAAGUGGCGUACACUAUGAAUGCUUGAGUCCAUUCUUCAGAUGAAGACUUCCAUUAAAUAAUUAUCAUUUGAUAUUCACACUGGUUGUUUGACCUGAGUGCAAUUUAUAAAGCAAAUGUGAUUCACAUUUUGGAUGCCAAAUUAAUUAUGAUAGGAGGCAGUACAUCAGUCAUAUGUCAGAUGUAUUACACCACAGUAAGUUGACAAAAACAUGAUUUAUUUGGCCCCAAAACUCCUAUUCAGUCAGUUAGCUCAAACAACCACCUGAAUGUCAAAUGAAAACAGCAAAAAGGAUCCUCCUGCUGCGCAAUGACGUUACACUCUCUGUCACUGUGUCGUAAAGUUAAACCAACAGCCAUUUUCUAGUGUCUCAGUUAACAUAAAUAUUUAGAGGUUUUUUUGCGUGUGUUGCAUCUAUUUCAUAUAUCAGGAAUAGAUGCCUUUGUCAUAUUUUGUAUUGAUUUGCACUGGAAGUGUGCUUUUUUUUCUUUUUUGUGAAACUGAAUUAAUUGAUGUACAUUUUUGGAGGAAUGGGAUAUAGAAAUUUUGUGUUUGCUCCCUUUGUUUCAUUCAUACUCAUUAUAAUCCUCUAAAAUAUUCAUCCAGGAUAUCAAAAUGUAUAGUUUCCAUAUUCUUUUUAAGUUGACAAUAGUCUUGAAUAUGAGUUGUUAGUGCGUCAGAGCUUUGUUUUAUAGGUCUGUAGGAAAUUAUCAGAAAUGGAGAUUUGUUUCCUUGACCACACAGAAGGAUAUUUAUUUUUCAUUUAAUUUGUUUUUUUGUUGUCAUGUUCAUCCUUAUAACUAGACAACCAGUUUGAACAACCAACUUCAUGAGAAGAAAAAAAAUCAUAGAUUAGGCCUGAAUUUGGUGCUGGAGCUGUUUACUUAACGUGCAUUCAUUGCGCAGUACAGGCACACAAAAUUGUAAGAAACACCUGCAAAUAUUGGCUAGAGAAUCUGUGGAGUCACACUUUUAAACUCAGGCACAUUAUUUUGGCUCAGCCACAAACGUGUACCAAUGCGACUGAUUCUGCCAUGUCAUCGCAGCAAAUGUGGAACACAAGCAUCUGUUCACUCACAUUAAGGUCUGGCUCGACUCCACCACUCAAUUUCUCUCAGAGCAGCGUGUUUCUCAGUAUGCUCGCAAAUGCAUCCCAGUGGUCUAAAUAGGAACUCAUUAUCUGAUCCAGACGAAUGAAAGAAAGACAAUUACAUCUAAUGUGAUUGUCAUCUCAUUCAUGAUGAAGGAUGUACUCUAACAGUCACUUUUUUCUCUUUGGUUUUUCGAGACAGUCCACCAACCAGUUCACAUGCAUUUCUCCUCUGGGACUCCUGCAACACUUACUUAAUUUCACUGUAAUCUCUUAAUCUGGUCGGCUAAUCCAGAGCAGGCUCGCUGAACUUCUUUACCCUACUUUGUCGCUCCUCCUCCUCCUUGUGUCAAACGGCUGAUUCACUCUCAACAUGCUCAAAACGGAUAAAGCAACAUUUCUUAACUCCUCAUUUAAUUUCCCCCCCAACGCAUUCAACCCUAUUUUACUUAAUCACUAAUAAAUUAAUUGAAGUCCUUUUAAAUCACAACGCAGCUAAACAAAAUGUGCUUCAUCAUUUAAUUGGACAUUCUUGUUUCACUCAUGUGCAUGUGAAGAUUAGUUCUUCAACCAAAGAUCUUCAUGACAGUUUAAAUUUUAUUUAUUUGUGCUGCACUGACACAUCCUCAGCAUCAGAUCCGAUUAAGGAUCUCAUGCAGGUGGAGGGCUGAACACCCUGUGUUAUUAAAAGGCCUACUCUUAUAUAAUACGCACAAAAGGAACAUGUUUCACUACAACAUAACAGUGCCUCCUGGUGGACAGACUGUGUUGUUCCCCCAGUGUCACAGAAUGUUUUUUCCAAUUAUCUCCAUUUGUCUUCUUUUUAUUUUUUUGUGAUAAUUUGGAGAUGUCCUCAAAAAGCAAUAUAUUUAUUUCUUCUGUGGCUGUAUGAUGUAUUUAUUGGAAAGGCUGUAACAAAAUCAGUGCAACAUGUUAUCAUCCAGACCAAGAAAGAAAACGGAAAGAUAUUGAUAUUGCAUUGCGGCAGUUUUGCUAGUGUGCAUUAUCACGAUGGAAGAGUAUAAAAAGUAGUGUUUUGUUUAUAAAAGAGUAUUUUUAUUGCUAUUUUGUUGUAAAGAGGAAAGAAAUGUAUAAGCUUGGAUUGUAUUUUGUCAUGGGAGUUAACUGGUAGGUUUUCAUCAUUUCAUUCAACGAAUGGCAACAUUUUAACAGCUUGGUUGGAGAAGUUUUUGUUUUUUAUGUAGAAACAUUGUUUUGUUUGUGUCCUUUCUACUCUCUUAAAUUGAGCUCUGAAGCUUGCACUGAAUGUUCUCUGAACACUGAGGUCUAUUGUAUCCGAAUUAAGUUAUUAAAAGUACGGCGAAUACGUCAGAAUGAGCUGUGCUUUCAGAGAACUUUCAAGUGUAAAACCUUCAGAAAUUCUCCAGAAGAAAAACACAACAGGGCCCAACACAAAUGUCAGAGAGAGUCAACUAUUAAUGUUUCAAAUAAGGAAUAAUCUUCAUUACCCCCACCUAACCCCCUUGUCUUAAAUUGAAGACUGUGGUGCAAGGAUAGUUCAAGAAAGAAAUCCAUGAAAUUUGUUGUUGAGAUACUCUCACCCCAAAAGGAUGAUAUUUCUAUUCUGGAUCUUUAUUUUAUGCUCUUACUGUAUGUAUAUUUUUGCUCAUGUUUACUGCAAACCAAGAUAGAU